UCGACGUCCCCUGUGACGCUGCGCAAACGUCACGUGGUACAUAGUAGAGCGCGUCCGAUUUGGGAUCGUGUCUUGCAGCUUGCCUCUCACCGCGAUGUCUCAGCCUCCCCUUCGCCUCAGAAAAGCGCAAGUCGCGAAGACAGCGAUUCCAAAGACAUUGGACCCCCAAGCCGCUGCGAAACAACCUCGAGCUGAUCCUGGACCUACGCCGUUCUUUCCCCUCGCGCGGUAUGCCUCUGUGACCGGCGUGCACACCUGCUUGCUGGGCUUCACCGCGCUGUAUCUGCCGCGCUCUUCUCUGUCAUUCUUUACAUCUCUCAACUUCUUUGAGACUGGUCCGGAAAGCACGGCCCCGAGUGGCGAGGCACCUCCGGACGCUCUCCAUCUGCUGACCAGCAAUCCCGCCAGUACGGUCUCAUGGCUCUGUGCGGGAGCAUUGCUCCUGCAGCCCUGGUGGGCCGCGUGUAUCAAGUCGUGGUCGCGCGAAGCGAGCCUGCAACUCAAAGGUGGCAGGGACGCGGCAGAAGUGAGCAAACACAAGUUAGACCGGAGUGUGCUCAAUAGCCAGCGAGUCGUGGAUAUUAGGCACGCGUCCCUGACGACAUUCGCUGCGUCCCUGGCGUUCUAUGUGAUUAUCGUGCUCUUCGGGGCACCCCUUGCGAGUCAUGCUCUGCACACCUACUUCCUCGCGCUGCUUCUCGCGCUACUCAUAGCGUGGACGCCUGCCUACAUCCUGGGUGCACCCACGCUCGGAUCGAGGACCGAAGCAUUAGUGAUUAGGUUGACUUGGAUCCGGCUCUUCGCAGAGCUCAGACCGAGGACUGCUAUCGAGCGCGCCAUAGUGUAUCCUGCCAUAGGGGCCGUAUUCGGGUGUUGGUCCGGUGCAAUACCGAUAGGCCUUGACUGGGAGCGACCAUGGCAGGUCGGUUGGCUCCUAACAUCUAUCGUGCUCCCACUCACAAUAGUCCGACAGGCGUGGCCAUUGACUUCGGCGUAUGGCGCCAUCUCUGGCUACGUCGUCGGUUCACUGGCAGCGUUACUCGUGAGCACGGUGCUGUGGCUGGCGGAGACGGACCUCCUUGCGCGUCCGUUCACGUCUGCGAAGCAGCCCAAGAGCCGGCAUAGAUAGUGCCAGUCAAUACAUGCCCUGUUGGAGUUGACGCUUUGUGCACCGCUAAGCAACCCGUGCCGCCCACUCGGAGAGGCAGUUCGCCGCUCUCGGUUCAAGUCUGACGCGAUCGCCACCUACGGUGCGAAGCCCGCAUACAACAAUAUGCCCCUUUGCUUCUGUCACACUCCUCCCGCCUUU